AUGUUUGGCACCUUUAGUGGAGGACAAGGGCCCCAAAAGCCUCUUUCGCAGAUGACUCAGGAGGAACAAGCAGAAGCAGGUGCUAAAAAGAUGAUUGAAUUUAUGCAAUCUUGUCCAGGUAAGACUGCAAUGGCAGGUGGAUCAGGAUUCUUCUUGGGUGGAUUUUUUGGUCUUUUUAUGGCCUCGAUGGCAUAUGAUGUCCCAGUUGGAACGUCAGGUGUAACUAGUAUUAGUCAACUUCCAUUGAAGGAACAAAUGAAACUUCAAUUUUCAGAUAUGGGAAAGAGGUCAUGGAGUAGUGCAAAGAACUUUGGCUAUAUUGGAUUUGUAUUUUCAGGAGUGGAGUGUUCCAUUGAGAGCUUGAGAGCAAAGCAUGAUAUAUAUAAUGGCAUGACUGCUGGAUGCAUCACGGGGGCCGGUUUAUCAAUCAAAGCAGGUCCUCAAGCGGCGCUAUUGGGAUGUGCUGGUUUUGCUGCGUUUUCGACAGCUAUUGACUUGUAUCUCAGGAGUGAAGGUGCAGCUCCUCCAAAAAAUGACUACGACGAGUAG